UUUAAUCGAAUCGCACUUGACGUACUUUACUUUGGUUUUCUAUUAACACGACGAUUUAAGUCUAACUACUAAACACUUAAACAGCUACAACAGUCGGCAAGACAAAAAUCAAUCAAGCGAAUAGAAAUACUUUACUUCUCUAUUCGGCCAAAAUGUGAAAAUAACCGUAAAACAAAAGCUAGAAAUAAUUUAAAUUAUUAUUCUAAUAAUGUUCAUUUCCAUUAUUAUUAUCAUUGAUUAAGUAGACAUUGAUUUGUAUUUACUAUUAAUUAAUGUUAUCAUAUUAAUUGUUUAUUACGAGUCUAUAUUAUCAAAAUUUAUUAUAUUAUAGUAAAUAAAAAAAAACUCAAGUGUAGCCGUAACUGCUAAGGAGUUGGGGAAGUCCGUGUAACCGUAGUAGACAUCCGACCAAUCACGAGCCAUAGAAAUAUUACAACUUUUUUCGUAUUGAGGACAAGGCGCAGAAGCAGCUUGACCAGAGUAGAAUCUCAAAAUAAAUAACAAUGUUAUUUUAACACUAAAUUAAAAAUCUAUAUUAUGUUAGUUUUUUAAUUUCAUCAGAUAUGUGUACAUAAAUUUACAUAUAUUAUACAUAUUCAUUAAACGUUUACCUUGAUAUGGUAGCUGUAUGAACUGUUAUCGAGCUUUCACAAUGAAAUAUUACAAGAUAGAAAUAAACAAAACUGAAUGGGAAGUGCCGGAACGCUACCAAAUGCUGACGCCAGUUGGCUUGGGUGCUUAUGGACAAGUUUGCUCUGCCGUCGAUAAUCAAACGGGAUUAAAAGUAGCCAUUAAAAAGCUGGCUAGACCUUUCCAAUCGGCUGUUCAUGCAAAACGAACCUAUCGUGAACUGCGCAUGCUAAAACACAUGAAUCACGAAAAUGUUAUUGGUUUGCUGGACGUAUUCACACCGGCUAGCUCUAUCAACAAUUUCAAUCAGUUAUAUCUAGUAACUCAUUUAAUGGGAGCUGAUUUAAAUAAUAUAAUCAGAACACAAAAGUUAUCAGAUGAUCACGUCCAGUUUCUUGUUUACCAAAUAUUACGGGGAUUGAAAUACAUCCAUUCUGCUGGAAUUAUUCACAGAGAUUUAAAACCAUCAAAUAUUGGCGUAAAUGAAGAUUGCGAGUUGAAAAUUUUAGAUUUUGGUUUGGCUAGACCAACUGAAAGUGAAAUGACUGGAUAUGUCGCUACAAGAUGGUACAGAGCUCCAGAAAUAAUGUUAAAUUGGAUGCAUUAUAAUCAAACAGUUGAUAUUUGGUCUGUCGGAUGCAUUAUGGCAGAACUUCUUACCGGGCGAACAUUAUUUCCUGGAACUGAUCAUGUGGAUCAUUUAACUCGUGUAUUAGUUUUAUGUGGAACACCGUCCGCUGAAUGUUUAAAUAAAAUUAAUACCUCUGAGGCAAAAAAAUACAUUCAAUCAUUGCCAGUAAUGACGAAGAAAGAUUUUAGCGAAGUAUUUAAAGGAGCAAAUCCAUUAGCCAUAAAACUACUUGAAGAAAUGUUGGAAUUGGAUGCUGACAAGAGGAUGACUGCAGAAAAAGCUUUAGCACAUCCAUAUCUAGUACAGUACGCUGAUCCAACAGACGAACCAAAUUCACCUCCGUACGAUCAAAGUUUCGAAGACAUGGAAUUAAAUGUAGAAAAGUGGAAAGAACUUGUUUGGGAGGAAGUUAUUUCUUAUGUUCCAUCUACUCAAUUAAGACCGUCAUGAACAAGUCCAAUAGUUUUAAAGUUGUGCAAUCUCAUUGUUUUGACUACUGCAAAUAAUAUGCUCAGAUUAGUGAUUUUUUAAGUAAUACACUAUUCUUAGUUCUGUUUUAUUAAUAAUAUAUAAGUAUAAUAUAUAUAUAGUUUGUUUAUCACGAUUAUUUAAAUUAUUCGUUAAAAAGUGAGUUUAGUUUAAGUAAUAUUCUAACAAGUCUUUUUUUUUUAACAUUUAUUGUUGUUUUAUUUCACUCAUUUAUUUUAUUACUUUUUUUAAUACACAUUUUUGUUAACAUUUGUACAGUACACAUAAGUU